ACAAAAUAUUUAUUUCUGUACCACUUGAGUAUUCUCGCAGAAGAAAUUGGUUUAAAGCAGCUAGAAGAGAUAUGCCAAAAUCAAAAUCAACGUUUUACUGCUGCGAAGAUCAUUUUAAUCUGGAAGAAGAUAUAGAAAAUUUUGUACGUUAUAAAUUAAUGGGUGGAAAAAUUAUUCUAAAACAGACAGUGGUUCCUCAUAGGUUUGACUGUCAACCAGACAAGAAAAGGGCUAGUAAUGUUCCCGUAAGAACGCUACCUGUCAAACGAGCAAGAAAACAACUGGUUGAUGAAGCCAUUGCAGAGAAUGACAAUAAGAGACAGCAAAAUUUACCAUUACUGGUUGAUGAAGCCAUUACAGAGAGUGACAAGAUACAGCAAAAUUUACCAUUUGCCAAUGUUGAAGACCCGUGCACCAGUGCUGUUAUGAAUGCCCCUGUUUGUCACUCUUCUGUUUUGGAAGAUGUGAAUUUGACUUCUGCAGUAUCGGCAGUACCUCCUCAAACGCGAAGUGUUGGAGUACAAGCAAGACCAUCGUACCGUAGCAAGUACAUAACAUGUAAAAUAACAAACAGCAUGCGCAACGCUACUACUUCACCAUUGAAAUCUGUAAAAAAGGAUUCUACUACUUCACCGUUGCAGAAAUACCCAACAUUUCAAAGAAUAUUGUUUCCACCUCGGUUUCCACAGACAAGUAGCAGCACCGACACCGAUGUCGGAUCUAGUUCGUUUGUUGCAAGCACAAUAGAAGAUAGUGAUUUUGAAAUUAAUUUUCCACAAGACCAGAAAGAGGAAAAGUUGCAAGCGUUGAAUGUUACUCGGUUACUAAUAGAAAAAAAACCAAAGGAUUAUACAGGUAUUCCAAAUCAUUGGUUUUCUAAUGUUAUAAAUUUGCUCAGUACAAAAACCAAAAUAAGUAAAGAUAAUUUAAUGCUAACGCUAAUGAAAAUUAAAUUAAACGAUCCAUUUGCUCGCUUAGGAGACAUGUUUGGCAUGUCUUUGUGUAAUGCAUCAAAAAUUUUUAAGAAGACUUUAGUGCAAAUAGAGCCUCAUUUAAAAAGUCUGAUAUUUUGGCCGUCUAGUGAUAAAAUAAAGUAUUAUUUACCCAUUCCAUUUAGAGCACAUUACAGCAAUGUUCAAUCCAUAAUAGAUUGUUUGGAAAUCCAAAUUCAAAAACCAACAGAACCUGUCAAACAAGCACUUACCUGGUCAGACUAUAAAAAAUGUAAUACUUUAAAAUAUUUAAUUUCAUGUACACCCGACGGUUUUAUUAACUUCAUAUCGAAGGGGUAUGGUGGAAGAAUAAGUGAUUCUUUGCUGGUGGAGGAAAGUGGCUAUUUCGAUGUAUUACCUGCAGGAUGUAGUGUAAUGGCUGACAGAGGUUUUAAAGAUAUUGCAAAACAGUUGACAGAAAUUGCCAGUUAGUUAGGCCACC